CCUCGAUGUCGUCACAGAUCUGUUGGUUCUACUUCUACGCUCGAAAAGCGGCCGGAUCCUCCGCGCAUGCGUACAUUCUACAAUACGAUUUGCACAACGGUCGAACAUCAAAGAUGGCGGGAGCCUCCGACCCGCUGGAGGACAUGCUCUGCACUGAGGUGGACGAGAAGGCGGUCAGCGACAUGGUCGGCUCUCUGGAGUCUCAGCUGGGCGACAGGAAGCCUCCCGCCGCCCCGGGACCCGCCGGACCGGGACCCGCCGCCGCCGGACCCUUCUCAGGGAAAGUACGGGAUCCAGCGGGGUCUCUGGAGCCGCCGCAACAAGGGCAUCCAAAAGCGGGGUUAAACCAGGACCCGGGCGCUCCUGAGCCGCUCACCUCGUCUACCUCGUCUGUGUCCGCCGGGACCGGAACCACCGCCGGAACCGGGCUGCAGACUGCCCCCGGUCCUCCCCUGCCGGCACCCGCAACUCAGCCCGGGUCUGCCGCCGUCCUGCACCGGGCUCCGGUCCUGGGUCCGAGCACCAGCAUUCAAAGUUUGAACGGGACCUCUGGAGCCGUGAAGCUGGUCCCCCCUCCACCCGGGACCAGCACUGUGAUCAGCACCGGCAGCUCCAUGAGCUCCCAGCCCGGUUUCCCUCAGUCCUCAGGGGCUCCCAGCCCGGUGCUGGCCCAGAACGGCGUAGACCCGAAGCUGGGGGCCCCGUCCGCCUCCAGCUCUCAGGUCCUGAACCACAGCACCCCCCUGAAGAUGCUCUCCGGGACCCUGACCAGCACUCCUCCUCCGGUGGUGGUCCAGUCCCCCAUCAUCCAGACUCAGACCGGGACCGGUGGGCCCGGGUUGAAGCCAGCGGUGAACGGGGUGGGCCAGCCCACGGUGGCCGUGGUGAGGCCCCCGGGGGCCCCCGUGGUGGCCCCCUCCAUCCAGCAGCAGAGACCGGCGCUGGUGGCGGGCCCCGUCAGAGCAGCCGCUCCUCAGCCUCAGCUGGCGGUCCGGCCCCAGCAGCAGACCACCAUCCAGCUGCCCCCCGGGUUCAGCAUGCCCUCAGGUAUGGUUCUGGUCCGGACGGAGACGGGUCAGCUGGUGAUGGUCCCUCAGCAGGUUCUGGCUCAGGCUCAGGCCAAGACGCAGCAGAACCAGACGGUGGCGAGCAUCGCUCAGAGACCGGCGACGCCGACGGCCGGCGCCACCAUCCGGGUCAGCACCGCCACCACGGCUCCUCAGACCGUCCGGCUGGCCACCCCCGCUCAGACCAGAAUGGUUCAGUCUCCCUCCACCACCACUGUACAGAAGGCCAUCACGGUGGCCCCGGGCGGUGCCGCAGUGUCGGUGAAGAUGACGACCCCUCAGAAGGCCCAGACGGUGAUAACGGCUGGGGGGACGCCUUUGGCCAAGCCUGCUGGGGUCCCGUCCACCCCCAUGACCAGCACGACGCCCGCUACCCCCACCACGCCCGCCGGAAGAGUCACCGUGGUGUCCCAGGAAAUGCAAGAAAACGUGAAGAAAUGCAAGAACUUCCUCGCCACACUCAUCAAGCUGGCGUCCCACAACUCGCCCUCCCCAGAUACCUCCAAGAAUGUGAAGGCCCUGGUCCAGGACCUGCUCGAUGCAAAGAUUGAGCCUGAGGAGUUCACCACUCGUCUGCAGGCUGAGCUCAAGUCCUCCCCACAGCCCUACCUCAUCCCCUUCCUCAAGAAAAGCCUCCCCGCGCUGCGUCAGUCUCUGCUCAGCAGCCAGCAGUCUCUGGUGACCCCCAGCACCUCCGUGCCCCCGCCAGCCGCCCCCGGCUCCGUCACCACCACCGCCAUCAGACCACGGCUGCCCAUCAGCCCGGCCAGCAGCACCGUCAGAUUGAACCCGCCGCUCACCAACACUCUGGCUGUGGGAAGAGCCGGAGUCCAGACCGUACAGACCCGGACCCCCAUCGUCUUCAGCCAAACUCUCAGACCUCAAGGUACGCUAAUACGGGGUCCCACAACUAUAAUCGGCAAAAGUCCGGUUCACCUGGCAUCUCAAGCCAAUCAGAAGAAACUGAGUGACCCAGGGGGCGGGACAUUCAGAGAUGACGACGAUAUCAACGACGUGGCGUCCAUGGCCGGCGUCAACCUUAAUGAGGAAAACGCUCGUAUCUUAGCGACCAGCUCGGAGCUCGUCGGCACUAAGAUUCGCUCCUGUAAAGACGAGUCCUUCCUGCCCAGCGGCCUGCUGCACCGCCGCAUCCUGGACACAGCUAAGAAGCUGGGAGUGACCGAGGUGCCACUGGAGGUGGUGAACUUCAUCUCUCACGCCACCCAGUCCAGACUGCGCUCGCUGCUGGAGAAGGUUUCAGUCGUCGCUCAGCACCGCACGGACAGCGGGAAGGAUGAAGAGCACCAUGAACCGACGUCAGACGUUCGCUCUCAGCUGCGUUUCUUCGAGCAGUUGGAGCGAAUGGAGAAACAGAGGAAGGACGAGCAGGAGAGAGAGAUCCUGCUAAAGGCUGCCAAGAGUCGGGCCAGACAAGAAGAUCCUGAACAGGCUCGCCUGAAGCAGAAAGCUAAAGAGAUGCAGCAGCAGGAGUUGGCUCAGAUGCGACAACGAGACGCCAACCUCACGGCCCUCGCCGCCAUCGGGCCACGCAAAAAACGCAGGCUCGACUCGCCAGGAGGCUCCUCGGCCGGCACAGAGGUGGCUUCAGGCUCGGGUGCUGGCUCCUCCUCCGCCACCUCCUCCCGCCAGCAGCUCCGCCAGCGGAUCACACGAGUUAACCUCAGGGACUUCAUCUUCUGUCUGGAGCAGGAACGCUCCACAGCUCGCUCUCUCAUGCUCUACAAGGCGCUGCUGAAAUAAGGAGUCCCUCCAGGAGUAGCGCUCGGCCCACCGUAGCUCGCAAACUGGAUCACAUUUCAACCUCUGACACUCAUAUCCUCACUCGUGGUUCACCGUGCCGGUUUCUGUUGGCCUGAGUCCGUUCUUCAGUCCCUGCAGCAUCUCUUCAGUUGGUCCUCUGGACUCUCUUCUCUACAUGUUUUUGAAAAAGGACGUCUCAUAUUUAGCUCGUCUAGUUCUGGACGGCGCGUUACUUCUCAGUUUGUUAAAGCAGAGCUCCACUGAUUGAACGCCACAGGAACAGUGACACUAAUCUACUGUAGCUUCUGAGCUAACCACUGACUAACACAAUGGCUCUCUAAUCUUCUCACUGGUUUCUCUUCGUUUACCUCCAGACAUUUUAUUCACCCUCAAAACAUAUUGAAGAGUUAUUGCUUACAGUUGGUUAGCUCCUUAGAGGCUAGAUCCAGUCCAACCAAACCAGUUUAUACGCAGCUAUGAUAGCUUCCUCUGGUUUGUUUGUUUGAAUUCACCGAUCGCUGCAGUUCCAUAGGAAUUAACCCUUCCUAAGCCCCGCCCCGUUUUGCUCUGUGCUCCAAUCACAGUUAAGCAAGUGUCAGUCAACUUUCUCCUUUCCUGUACUUAGAUAUGCUAUGUGCUAGGCUAAUCUAUACUGAAGUAAUAUGUUAAUGCUAAUGUUAAAAAAAUGCAAACAAACUAGCUAAUCAACAUCAAUCUUUAGCUGGUGUUUUGCUAACAUUAGCUAACUUAAGAUAUAUACAUAUAUAUUCGUCUCUUUUAUCUUUUAACCAUUUUAACUUUUGAACAUAGAUUAGCCUAGCAUAGCAUCUCUGAGUAUAGGAAAGGAGGAAGUUGACUGAGGUUCUAAAAGGGGCGGGGCUUAGGAAAGGUCCAUAUUCUGACCUCUGCACUGUCACACUCAGGAUGGAUAUAAAACUAAAAUAUAAAUCUUCUCUUCCACACAUUCUUAUUCCUCGUCAAAACCUAGCACCUACAUUACCCACAAUGCAACUGUAUUGCGUAUUCUGGAGACACUUAAGGCUUUAUAUUACAUUUAAAACACGUGGAGACACAGUGAGGUGUAAAGUUCUGCUUUAACAGAUUUGAUAUAAAACAUGUUGCAGGUCUGAAACUGGGCGCUCGGUGAAGUGGAUCCUGAGUCCAGCACCGAACCCGAACACGUUCCUUCAGAGUCUCACCUUUCUCUUCCUGUGUCUCCGGAGUUCAGCUGCCGCUCUGCCGCGGCGGGCUCAGGGUGGCGGGAUAUGAGAGGCGGGCACAGAGCGGCGGGAUCAGAGCAGCGGGAUCAGAGCGGCGGGAUCAGAGCGGCGGGAUCAGAGCGGCGGGAUCAGGGCGUUGGGAUCAGGGCGGCGGGAUCAGGGCGGCGGGAUCAGGGCGGCGGGAUCAGGGCGUCGGGAUCAGGGCGGCGGGAUCAGGGCGGCGGGAUCAGGGCGGCGGGAUCAGAGCGGCGGGAUCAGGGCGGCGGGAUCAGGGCGACGGGAUCAGAGCG